GCGAAGCCGCUGACGAGCAGCGUCGGCCACCAACGACGAUAGACGGCGAGAGGCGCGCAUUGUCUACACUGGUGGAGGUGGGGAAAGGGUUCUGCGCGAGUACACAACCAGUCUAUUUGGCUGCAUUUCAAAUUCAAGAACCACCAUCGCGUUCACGAGCAUGGCGUGGUUCAACAAAAGACAAGCGCAGCCAAGUCUGCCACGCGGCAGGAGAUCCUUGCCACUCCUCGGCCAGACGCUCGCCUUCCAUGGACAGGCGCACGAUGAGGUCUGCUCUCUGGUGCACGACGUCAACUGCUCCACCGUCAGGCUCAGCGUCCUGGCCCGCGACGUGGCCCUGAUCACAUCGUACGACGAUGCGCUUCAGGUCCUCGAUCAGCCAUGGUCUCCCUCUGAAAAGGAAACAUCUCGAACGAAAGCGUACGAGCAGCUCAUGGCGGCAUUCUUCUCACCACCGAACCUGCUGCUCGAAGACGAGGACGAAGAGGAGGCAAAAGAGCACAGGCAGGCCUGGGAUGCGUGCAUGAACCCAAGCCCAGACGGGGCGCAACGUGCAGCAUCGUCGAUUGUGGCCGACUGGACUGCAAAUCUCGCCAAGCAGAAUGAGGUGGACAUCUACGAAGCUUGUAAGAGCUUGGGCCAAUCGCUCGCCCUGGGCACCUUCCUGGGUCUGGCGCGGGGCACGACCGAGUUUGACGAAGCCCAGGCUUGGAGCGAGGAUAUGCUCAGAGGGCAGUUUUCCCUUCCGGUAGGCUUCAAGACGCCGCUGUAUCAAAAUGCUUUUUCGCGCGGCCAGGAUGCCAAGCGCAGAUUCGACGCCAUGGUCCAGCAAAGGAUGGCGGCAGGAUCAUGUCCCUUUUCAGAGCGCGCAAAGGACACGGGCAUUGCUGACGCCAGCAACGCUUCGCAUCACGCCAUGUUCUCCUCCAAUCUCGUCGUCAAGGCUUUUGCUUCGCUUGCUGCGGCUCUAGUCCUGCAGUUGUACCGCCAGCAGCCAGGGCAAGCGACGCUGGCGGAGAGGAUCAGGAGCCUAGCUACAGACGAGGCAGAAGGUGUCAUCUCGGCCGUCGUCACCGAGACUGAGCGCGUAUCUCCGCCCAUCAUUGGCGUCAUGCGGACCGUUGUGAAGGACGAGGGCCUAUCCUUGCAUCGCGCCGGCGUCUGCAUCCCCCGUGGUUGGGAUGCAUGGCCCUACCUACCGCUGGCGAACCGCGACGAGGCGGCAUUUGGGCCCGAUGCAGCUUGCUUCAGGUGGGACCGCUACCGGAAUGGCAAAGGCAGUCACGACGGAUGCAAGCAGCCACUUACAUUUGGUGCCGGCGUCAAGCCCUGCGGUGGCUCUGCCAUCAUCAGAUCAUGGCUCAGGGGCGUGGCCAUGCGUCUCAUUUCCACACGCAUCAGCCUCAACUUCGCAGAGGAGGACCUCGGCGCUGGUGUGCAGGACUGGCUGGGUUGGUAUGACCAGCCUAGCAAUGCGGGCAAGAGAGCCACAUGGAGGGGAAGUGUCAAGCAGCUGCCCACGCAGCGUCCUCACAAGGGCAUCCUCGUUGUCAUUGCUGAGUCAUAAAUUCGAGCUGGGCGCUUUUACACUCAAGGCCCUCUCAAUGGCGUCCACCAUGUUUUGAGCCUUUGUUUGCUCCCGCUGCUCUUGUGUGUCUGCGCUCUUGACCAAGGCGCAUGCAUUGAUCACGUCUCUGCCUACGAUCUCUUCCAUCUUUGUACCAUCGUCGUAAAGCACGGUAGGCAGCCUCGUC